AUGUUGUCUGGAAUUGCCCAGGUGGCCCGGUCUUAUAUCCGCAUCAAGGGCCCGGAAGCGUCCAAGUUUCUUAAUGGCCUAAUAACGACACGGCUACUUCCGAACGUCGUCAAGAAGAAACAGCACACCAUUAGCGCAUCUGAAAACCGUCAUUUGGAGCUCCUUAAUGUCGACUUGUCGAAAAACUGGGGCUUGAUGCACGAAGACAUUUAUGAUCCCGAAAACCGCAUCUGGAUCAGACGGGACGGGCUCAAUUCGAUGAUUCUCAAUUCCAAAGGCCGCGUCGUCCAAGACUGCUUUCUAUAUGCCACUCCGUUCCACUCGCCGGUUCCUCCUGAACCCAGUUAUUUGGUGGAGGUCGAUCCAAAGUACAAGUCGCAGAUGUUGUCUCUCUUUAAGAUCCAUCGGCUUAGUGCGGACGUGAAGAUAGAAGACGCCUCUAGCAUGUCUUCCUAUUACUACUUCAACGACACUCCGGAAUUUGAAGACUUCUUAGAGGAGCUUCAAAGCACGUACUUUGACACUUUUGACACGGAUUCUGCGCUCCAGAACGCCAACGAAUUCAUCUCUCGCGAGGAGAUUUUUGACUCAAGUGCAGCUUCGAAUAUUGUCGGCUUUGCGUUUGAUAACCGGAUCCCGAACUUCGGCUUGAAAGUAGUCACAACGCAGCCGGUCGAUCCAUUGCUACUUUUCUCUCAGCAGUUCAUGGACAAGUUCCCGGUGGAAGUAACAGACGAAAAAGCAAUCACCCAGAGACGUUUUGCAAACGGUUUGUUUGAGUAUGGUGAUGCGCCCAAAGGAACCUCUCUUCUACCAUUUGAAAUGAACUUGGACUACGUGAAUGGGCUUUUCGCUAGAUAA